GCUUCUUUCCCGCCUCAGCGGGGCGGGCGGAGACUGAGGGGAAAGGCCGGGGAGGCAGGCUUUAAAGGCUCGCCGCGGUGACGGGGAGGAGAAGGGCCGCGUCUGGAAGGGAAAUGGAGAAGGGCGCUGCCAGCCAGAAGGCAGGCCUGAAGGGGAAAGACUCCGAGGGGAGCUCCUCUAGGGAAGUCCCCAGGAGCCAAUUGACCGAAAAGGGCCCCGGGUCAGGCGCCGUGGGCCCCAUAUCAGGGGCAAUGGGCACAGUGUCAGGGGGCCUGGGCCCUGAGGUGGCCCCAGACCCGCCAAGUGGUGACCCCCCAACCCCCAGUGCAGACCCUUGGCUCCAGAGGAUGCUGGUCCUAGUCCUCAAAGCCUCUGGCAUGAGGGUCUCUCUGCCAGAGGCAGCCCCUGUGACGGUGCUGCUCCUGCAGAGGUAUAUGGCCGAGGGGUCUCCAACCCAGCCCAAUGCCUCCUGCCCGGCCUACUACUAUGACGUGACCAUCACGGAUGGCACCUACCAGGAGAAGUGCUUCCUGGCCCCCCAGCUGAACGCCCUGGUCCAGCGAAACGGGCUGGGCGCUGGCCGGCGGUUGAAGAUCACCCAGUGUUCCUACAUGUACAACGAAAGGAGCCUCAGCCCGGGCUUUGUGUGCAUUGAAGAGCUGGAAAUCCUAGAGGGGGCUUCGGCCUUCCCCGGCCCUGCCUCCCAGCUUGGAAUCUGCCACACGAAGACCAUCCUGCCCCUGAAAGGGGGAAGGAAGCAUUACCUCCCUCUCUGGAACAAUGACGAUCCCUUUGGGGAGAUGUGGGUGGAGAGGAAGCCCUUGAGGGAGGACGGUCUGGAGGCAUUCAAACCAAUAUCCAUCUCUAUUCUGGCCAUGACAUGGCAAAGCAAAUGCAGUUUUCCACCGUUGCGUGUCAGAAUCAUCCAUAAGUCUCGAUUACGUUAUUUUGGAAAACCAAACACAAAGCUAGAUGUUCCAUAUCAGGCUUAUUUUGAUGUGGCUGAUCAAUCUGGCAUGGUGUUAAUGGUGCUAUGGGGCUCUUUAUGCCCUGAAUGGUACAACAGUAUGAAAAUCGGAGCAGUCCUGCUGCUCGAAAAAUAUGCUGUUAAAAAAAGUUCUAUAAUACAGUCAAGUCCUGAAGAUUUGCAUAUGAAGAGAUUCAGUUCAAUAGAAAUUGCUUUGAACGUUCGAGACCCUCCAGCUAAAAUUAACAUCAUUCCAGAACAUAAAAUUAAACCAGAAUGGAAGUUGCCUGAAGUUGAAUAUCAUUUUGUAACAAGAUCUGAAUUGGAUAAAUUAGCACAAAAUCAGUUUUGUGACAUCAUUGGACUUGUACAAUAUGUUGGACGGGUCGAGCGCAAGAAGAAAAAAGGUUGUAUGGAUGACUUUUGGACCUAUCGCUGGGUACAUGUGGUUGAUGGAACUUCAGAGCAGCCGUUUAUAAUAGAAUUGUUUUCCACAUCUCAGCCGGAUAUAUUUGAGCAAAUUUACCCAAUGAAGUACUUGGUGUGUACCCAGAUGAGAGUGGAACAAAGUAUUUCUGAGAAUGGCUCCAGUGCAGCCUAUUUAACAACAUCUGUGAAAACUCAAAUGUUUUUUACAGGAUGGCAUAAGGGCCAGCCAUAUAUAAAAGAUCCAAAAGUGCAAAGUUUUAUCCAGUGGAUGAGAACCCAAGAGGAAGCUUCUUACGUGGACAAAGUUGUCAUUGGGGGAUACUAUCGUUUCCCGCCACUCCCACGUACAUUUGCAGAAUAUUGUAAAAAUAUGAAUGAAAAAUUAGUUUUGAUAUCCCUCAGUGAAAUUGAGAAGGAGAUUGACAGUUUGCACUACAGGGAACAGAAGCACAUUGCUUUUCAAGGGAUAAUUAGUGCUGUAAGAUGUGUCAGCUGUAGCAGUACCUCCCAGGAUGCCUCAGGAGAAUCCCCAAUGCAGAUCGAGAAAAGCUCAUCAGUAGGUACUUCUUUGUCGGAACACCCGCAAGUGAGAGAAUCAACUUCUAAGCAGAAGUCGCCAUCUCUGGAGCAACAAACCGUAGUAACUAGGAGUUGUGCAAAGAGACGUAUUUCAACUGUAGAGACCACGGAUCACCCUCCUGGUUCUUCUCAGCAUUCAUAUGUGACAAGGUCAAAAAGCAAAAGAAAAACGUUGCCCGAUUUUUCGCAAGAUAAUUCCGAUGCUGAUAAAGACAAUGCAGAAGUGAUGGAAACAGCACAGACGCACCAAACAGGUAACGAAGAAAUAGCCGACACGCCUGAAAAAGUCCACCCACAAAGGAUGUGCCCCAAUUCCUGGGAAAGUGUUCUCUGGACCUUCGCAAAAAACAACUUAGCACAGCACUUGGACUUCAGCAAGGUUUUCCCAGAAAGCUUCCCUUGUAAAUUUAAUUACGCUCACAGAGAAGUCCUGUUGAAACAAUACAAUCUUCAAGCAGCCAAAUUCCAGCCAGAAAAAUGCCUGGCGAGUGAAGAAACGAGUCACUUUGAAAAUGCCUGUCCUCUAGAAUACUAUCAAGUGGCUAUUCUUGGUGUAAAUCAUGAUAUAGCUAUAGAGGUUGCCCUCCUGAAGGACUCUUACUUAUUUCAAGUCAAAGAGGCGUCGCAAAAGGCAGCACCUUCUCACCUCAAGGAUACUACACCUUGCCAGGAGACCCUUAAGCAAGGAGGACUUUCACUUCCAGAUGAUUUAAAGGCCGCUGCCCUGGAGAAUCAACGGGUCAUCUGUAUUCUGGAUGUUUGUCCUCUGGAUAACAACAAAACUGAAGUCUUUCUUAGGAAAAUAUAUAAGAUAACAGAAGUUGAUGUAGUCAACCAAACAUAGUUCAUGGUUUGACGUAAAUGUAUUGUAAACUGAGCAUUAAACUUGCAAGAGAAUGUUUUUCUCCUGCUAUUCUAUCCUUAAUUUGGAUAUUUAGCAGUGGUUAAGGAAAGUUUCUGUUUCUUUCGUACUUGAAUUUUAUAGAAGUGUUUUGACAGGUACUUGCCUCUCAAAUCAGGGUUUUUUUGGCAACAAGUACUGCACAGCAUAUUGCUGUCUUAACCUUUGUUUAAGUUUAAAGUAGCAAAAGAUAAGCCACCAAUGCACGUGAUAGUCAGAUCUUGUCCUGUGAUACUGAAAAGGAAGACUGGCUCUUUUGCUGCUUAUCUCUGCUUUCUAGGUGACUGAAUUUGAUCUGAUUAUGAAAAGUUUGUCACAGGCAGCAAACAUCUUUAGUUAGGAUAGGUCAGGAGCAGAACUGCCUCCCUCAAAAGUUGCCUCAUUCAUCGACAGUCUGCAGAAGGCUUGGAUGUAGGACGAAGGAAAGCAACCAGGACAGGUUUCGUAUGUUGAGCUUGUUUGUGGAGCCUGCACAAAUGCUGCACUGGGGAGGGUGUCAUUGCCGUAAUCGAGCCCCUUAGAUUUGCUGUGUCAACUUUGGAUCAUGAUUACCUUGCCAGCUGAUCAUUAUAUGGUUGCGGCCUCUUCCGUAGAUGAUGAGCCUGUGGGAGGGAGGCAAAACACUCCAAUCAGAAGUUGUAAUUUUGGGUUUUGUUACAGAAUGGAAAUGAAGUAGAACUGCAUUGGGUGCACAAGUACCAGUCUAGUGCAGAUGGGUAAAAUCUGAUCAUGUGGUUUGAGAGCAGGCAUAGUACAGCUGCAGCCCAGUCACCCAGAAAAAGGGAAGUCGAAUAUGUGUGUGUUUGUAUUCAGUCUUGGAAAAAGUGAGUGUGCCUUUUAGUGUGACUUGGAAGAAACGAGUGGUCCUUUUUUUGUACAUUGUGUUGCACUAUUGCUUUGAUGUUAUAUUUUAUUGGCAGGGCUGCAGAGGAACUGCUGGGUUUGCCCUGAAAAUCCGUCUCUCUUGCUGCUGUCUUUCCUUCCCCAGACCAUGCCAGUAAUUCCAGCCCCCCCUUUUCCAUCAAGAAAUGUGAGGUUUGACAAAUGCCCUACUUGGUCCUUUUGGUGCCAAAAUCCUUUCCUUUUUUUCAGGAUUUGAAUGUUUUUUAUAACAAUUACAAUGUUCUGCAGUUUGCUUCUGUUUGAAUAUAUUGAUUUUAAGAUGAUGUCUGAAAAAAAUUUAUACUGGAAAAAAAGAAUAAAAAUGUAUCAAGUGUGUAAUUGUAUAUAGUACCAGAAGUGUUCAUGCAGUGCUUCCAGUUGGAAUAAAUUCAUUUAUAUAACCAUCUUGGUUCAAAUAGUUCUUCUGACUCCCACUACUAUUUCACAAUAAUGAUGAGUAGUGGGGGAAGAGGAUUUGCCAAAGAUGUUGAUGGUUACGACCAGUAUUGGAAAAUUAAGUUGCAAAAAAUUGAUAGAGCCAGCAUGUUAUUUCAGUGUUCAAACCCGGGUUCAAAAAAAAAUAAUGUAGCAAACCUAGACCGCCUAAAAUCAGUGAGGUAUGUUCAAACUGUAUGUAUUUUUAUAACAUUCAUUUGAAGCGAGGUUUCACUUAAAAAGUGCUUUAAAAUAAAAGUGAUGUUAUACA